AUGGCAUUUAUUUUAUUAACUGGCAAUGGUUCAUCAUUUGUCAAACGCUUCUAUACAAUAGCGUUGAUCUAUUUUAUUCUUGUCUGCUUAUGUUCUUAUUGUUCAUCAUCGUCAUUUGCUUCACCUUUUAUUGAUGCUGAUCCAUUAUCUAAUGAUUUGGAUGAAUUUGACAACAGUCAGGAAACAAAAUAUUAUAUACCAUUACAACUACCAUCAAAUCAUUAUAUAAAUGUUCCUGAGCAAGAAGUAUUAGCAUCAAAAGCUCGUCUUUUUCGUAUUCUACUUAAAUCAUUAUUAAUUCAACCUGAUUAUCAACGUAAACAAUACAACGGCAAGCGUUAUGCAUCACAAUCAUUUCAUGCUAUGCGUGGUUGA